AUGUUAGGGCUCGCUCUGCUGAGUAUUCUGUCAGUGAUAUACCUUUUGUUCACACGAAAACGUCGCCAUUCACCACCCGGUCCUCUACCACUGCCCUUGAUAGGCAACCUCCACCAAGUUCCUCCGUCAAGACCAUGGUUGGGCUUUGAAAAAUGGCACAAAGCCUACGGACCCAUCAUCAGCUUCAAGCUAGGAACUCAAACGUUCAUAUCGUUGGGAAGUCACAAAAUCGCGCAUGACCUGCUGGACAAACGCAGCGCCAUCUAUAGCUCCCGUCCGCGGUCCAUCAUCGCCGGCGAAUGUAUCACCAAGGGCUUGGGGAUCGUCUUCUUGCCAUACGGCCGACAAUGGCGAACGCAGCACCGGAUUCAAGCCGAAUUUUUGAAUCCCGCCAUAUCACAGAAAUAUCGUGCCUUGCAAGAUGUGGAGACUCGUCAGGUUGUCUAUGACCUUAUAUCAUCAAACAACUUCAGCGAUAACUUCCAUCGAAUGACGUCCAGUUUGAUCUUUUCGUUGGCAUACGGAAAGCGCAUGCCUCGGGGCGACGAGCACGAGAUUCGCGAAAUCGAUGAGCUCAUGGCGAACUUAGCGGAGAAACAGGCUCCCGGAAAGUGGAUGGUCGAUAUAUUCCCGGUGUUGAAUUAUCUUCCGCGAUUCUUGGCUUCGUGGAAAAGUCUCGGGGAUGAAUAUCAUCAGCGGGAAGCCACUCUGUUCGGAGACAAUAUGAAAAAGGCCGAAGGUGCUCGAUCUUGGAAUUGGAGUAAGGACAUGAAGAGAAUCAAAGAGGCAAAACCAUUAUCCGACACGGAGUUGGCGUACAUUAUCGGCGUGCUGUAUGAAGCAGGAAGCGACACCACUGCUGGAACGCUGGACUACUUCGUGCUUGCUUGUGUUCUGUAUCCCGAUGCCGUGCGCAAGGUCCAGCAAGAAAUUGAUGAUCUCGUUGGAACCGAUCGGCUGCCCACAUUCGACGACAUCCCGAAUCUCCCAUAUGUUAACGCAUUCUUGAUGGAAGUCAUGCGAUGGCGUCCCCUUGUACCACUCGGUAUUCCUCACUCUGUCACCCAAGACGAUGAAUACAUGGGCUACCACAUCCCCAAAGGAGCCACUAUCCUCCCAAAUCACUGGGCCCUGUCUUUGGACGAAGAAGUAUUCGAAGACCCGACCAGUUUCAGACCAGAGCGCUGGAUUGAGAACCCCAAAUUACCUCUCGACGGAUUUGGAUUCGGACGACGCGUCUGUACGGGGAAACAUAUCGCCAUGAAUUCCAUGCAAUUUAUCAUCAGUCGUGUGCUCUGGGCGUAUGAUAUCGGGUAUGCGUACGAGAAUGGGAAGAAGGUUGAGGUCGACUCGUACGGGAUGGUAGAAGCCGCUGUUUCGAAGCCGGUUCCGUUCAAGGCAGAUUUUCACGUUCGCAGUCCGGCGCAUCGGGAGGUCGUUGAGAGCACGUGGAAGGGGACUGAGAAGGAUUUGAACGUUAUUAUGGAGGGUAUUGGACCUGGUCGAAGGGCGUCGUAG